UCUCCUCCACGUGGGGACGCAGGAUGGCGGCGGCGGUGGCGGAGGAGGCGGCGGGGCUUGACGUCCAGCGGCUGCUGGUGCAGUUCCAGGAUGAGGGCGGGCAGCUCCUGGGCUCCCCGUUCGACGUGCCCGUGGACAUCACCCCGGACAAGUUGCAGCUCGUGUGCAACGCGCUGCUGGCCCAGGAGGAUCCCCUGCCACUAGCUUUCUAUGUCCAUGAUGCUGAGAUCGUCUCCUCACUGGGGAGGACGCUGGAGUCACAGGCGGUGGAGACAGAGAAGGUUCUUGACAUCAUCUACCAGCCACAGGCUAUUUUCAAGGUCCGUGCUGUGACCCGCUGCACGAGCUCCUUGGAGGGUCACAGCGAGGCUGUCAUUUCCGUGGCCUUCAGCCCCACAGGAAAGUACCUGGCCAGUGGCUCUGGAGACACCACUGUGCGCUUUUGGGAUCUCAGCACCGAGACGCCACAUUUCACAUGCCAGGGACAUAGACACUGGGUCCUUAGCAUAUCCUGGUCACCAGAUGGCAAGAAGCUGGCUUCCGGCUGCAAGAAUGGCCAGAUUCUCCUGUGGGACCCAAGCACAGGGAAGCAGGUAGGCAGGACCCUCGCCGGUCACAGCAAGUGGAUCACAGGCCUAAGCUGGGAGCCCCUCCAUAUGAACCCCGAGUGCCGCUACUUGGCCAGCAGCUCCAAGGAUGGCAGCGUGCGGGUCUGGGACACAACUGCAGGCCGCUGUGAGCGUAUCCUCACUGGGCACACGCAGUCGGUCACCUGCCUCCGGUGGGGAGGGGAUGGGCUGCUCUACUCUGCUUCGCAGGACCGCACCAUCAAAGUCUGGAGGGCUCAUGACGGUGUGCUAUGCCGGACUCUGCAAGGCCACGGCCACUGGGUGAAUACCAUGGCCCUCAGCACUGACUAUGCCCUGCGCACAGGGGCCUUUGAGCCAGCCGAGGCCUCAGUUAAUGCCCAAGACCUCCAAGGGUCCUUGCAGGAGAUAAAGGAAAGGGCUCUGAGCCGAUACAACCUCGUGAGGGGCCAGGGCCCAGAGAGGCUGGUAUCUGGCUCAGACGACUUCACCUUAUUCCUGUGGUCCCCAGCAGAGGACAAGAAGCCGCUCGCACGGAUGACGGGACACCAGGCCCUCAUCAACCAGGUGCUCUUCUCCCCUGACUCCCGCAUCGUCGCCAGCGCCUCCUUUGACAAGUCCAUCAAGUUGUGGGAUGGCAGGACCGGCAAGUACCUGGCUUCCCUGCGUGGCCAUGUGGCGGCCGUGUACCAGAUUGCAUGGUCAGCUGACAGCCGGCUCCUGGUCAGUGGCAGCAGCGACAGCACAUUGAAGGUGUGGGAUGUGAAGGCCCAGAAGCUGGCCACAGACUUGCCAGGCCAUGCGGAUGAGGUAUAUGCUGUUGACUGGAGUCCAGAUGGCCAGAGAGUGGCAAGUGGUGGAAAGGACAAAUGCCUCCGGAUAUGGAGGAGAUGAGACAUCCCACAGCUCUCUCUGACUCCCACCUGGACUCGGCCUGUGCCAGCUGCCCGCCCUGACAGAACGAAGCCCGGGGUCGUGUCCCUGAGAAUGAGCGUGGCCUGCUGUCCUUGUACAGACCCCAGUGGGGUCCCUCCCAAGAGCAGGAAUCAGAGGUCUCAGGAGGUUACCACAGAGCUCAGCCCUUGGCCACCACUCUGUACGUUGCUGGUGCUGGCGGGGGGUGUCAAGAGGCCAGGCAAUGACUGGACCCCUGCUGCUGCUCUGCCUCCUUUUCCAGAUGUCACCUCUCUUUAGGAGCAGACCCCAGAUUCUGUGACCAAAUAAAUAACU